AUGAAAGAUUCCGAGGACAAGAUAGAACACGGGCCAUCAGAGCUACCACCAACAGAAGAUGACCCGGAUUCUGCUUCGUCGGUUGCCCCGAACGAUGAGAGCAACCGCGAAAAGCGUCUUGUCGCAUUGACCACCGAAUCAUUGGUCAUACUAGACGCUGUAAGACUGAGCAGCAACAGCAACAACAGCGGCCAAAGAGUCAAGUCACCGGGUGCUAUCAGUGCAGGGAUUGCUGAAAUAGUUCGUGAAAACGAUCAUGAUCAGCUAAUGACAAAUGAAUUGCCACCAUCAGCAGUGACAGCAGCAAACGGCAGUGAAGCGUUACGUAAAACAGAACGUCGUACACCAGAUUCGAUCAUUCCAAAUCACACCGAAACGACUGACACUCCAAGCCCAACCGUGCUUCGAGAGCAAAACAAUCGAAGACCCACAGUGGCAGUUGGUGCAUUUGCCAUUGCUGGCAUUGGCGUAUCUCCUGGUAUCGAAGAAGAUUGGAUGGACAAUUCCAACGAAGAGUUGAGCCCUCCUUGUGAAUUGAUUGAUCCAGUCAUUGACGGAGCAGUCCUAGUGGACGAUGAAACAGACAACAUGGAACAAGGAAGAGCCCAGACAAGACGGAGACACAUGGAAGUGAUUGAAGGAACCAUCAUGCCAGCCAACCAGCAGCCAAGAAACACCCGUUCCACUGUGGGUUUGGCCAUCUUGUGCAUUACGGCUCUAGUUGUCUUCCUUGCUGUUUACCUGUCUUCCUCCUCUUCUGGCUCCCAUGGAAGCAACUUUCUCAAUCAGACGUCCCGAACCACCGAGGAUGAUCCUGUGACUCCAACCAUGUAUCCACCGUUUCAGGAUGGUCUCCCUCCAAACACUCUGAAAGCAUUCCAGAAUACAUCUACGCCGGAAUACCUUGCUAAUGCCUGGAUGCAGAAUGACCCACAUCUAAACAGCUACAGUCUCAAGCGACAACUCCAAAGAUAUGACUUGGCAUGGUGGUACUACAUCACCAAUGGUGACAACUGGUACAGAAACGAUCACUGGCUCAGUUAUGAAGUACACGAAUGUGACUGGUUCACUCAGGCUCACAAUGACAGUAUUCUCCACUACGAUCAUUAUCCUGUUUGUGAUGAGAAUAACACCAUCCAGAUUCUCAACCUGAACUCCAACAAUCUGCAGGGAACACUGCCUGUGAUCAACAAAUUCCUCCCAAAGUUGCUAACGUUGGACAUUGGAAGCAAUGCCCUCCAUGGACGAGCACCAGCAGGACCAGCUGCAACAGCCAACUUGUUGGAAGUCUUUAUUGUAUCCAACAACCACUUUGAAGGGCAACUGGUGUCCACUGGCUUUAAAACAUUUGGGUUGAGGGUAGCCAAAUUGGAUGGCAAUGACCUUAUUGGUUACUUGAAUCCCCUCUUUGCCCUCUUACCCAGGCUUGAGAUUCUUCAUCUUUCUGGUAAUCUCUAUGGUGGUGGCCUACCAAACACAAUUGAUGGCAGCACAAGCCUCACCAGCUAUAAAGCAGCCGACAAUCUGUACGCAGGAACCAUCCCAGCGGCCUUUGGGAGAAUUCCCGGUCUGGAAACUAUUGAUGUUCAUGGCAAUCCAGGCUUGACUGGCCAAAUACCAUCAGAGAUUGGUGAGCUGUCAAGUUUGGCCUUUUUGGAUUUUACUGGUACAAACGUUUCUGGGCCAGUUCCUGACAAGCUUUGCGAGAGAGUGCAACAUGGUUUGAUGGAGAUUCGGGCCAACUGCAGUUUGGUAGAGUGCUGUUCUUGA